ACGAAAAUGUCUCACGAGCACUGUGUCAACUCUUCUCUCUUACACACUCUCUCUCCUCUGACUCUCUUUGACCAAACCCAAUGGGUAACCGUAGCAGCACUUCCUCCACCUUCACCGCCAAUGCCCCUGACUCUUCCGCCGCCUCCAGCCACCCUCCUCAUUCCAAUGUCACCACCCUCCAUCCCCCAUCCGCUUCUUCCACGACUCGCCCUCCACCACCGCAUUCUCUACAACCCUCCAAUCGCCCCUCGCCUACCACUCCCCCGGUUGGCCGAGUCCUCGGUCGUCCCAUGGAGGACGUCCGCAACACAUACACGUUCGGCCGUGAGCUGGGUCGAGGCCAGUUCGGAGUCACCUAUCUCGUUACCCACAAGGAAACGAAGCAGCAGUUUGCUUGCAAAUCCAUCUCCACCCGCAGACUCAUUAAGAGUGAUGACAUUGAAGACGUCCGCCGUGAGGUCCAGAUUAUGCAUCACCUCACCGGUCACAGGAAUAUAGUGGAGCUAAAAGGUGCAUAUGAGGAUCGGCACUCGGUGAACUUGGUGAUGGAGCUAUGCGCUGGAGGGGAGUUGUUUGAUCGGAUCAUAGCUAAGGGUCAUUACUCAGAGAGGGCAGCAGCUAAUCUAUGUAGACAGAUUGUUACUGUUGUGCAUGAUUGUCAUUCAAUGGGAGUUAUACAUAGGGAUCUGAAGCCUGAGAAUUUUCUUUUCUUGGGUACUGAUGAGAAUUCUCCUUUGAAGGCUACUGAUUUUGGCCUUUCUGUGUUCUUUAAGCCAGGAGAUAUGUUUAAAGACCUUGUUGGAAGUGCAUAUUACGUGGCUCCUGAAGUAUUACUUCGACAUUAUGGAGCUGAGGUUGAUAUUUGGAGUGCUGGAGUUAUACUGUAUAUUCUUCUUAGUGGUGUUCCGCCCUUUUGGGGAAAGAAUGACAAAGCCAUAUUUAAUUCCGUUCUUCGGGGAUAUAUUGAUUUCUCCUCUGAUCCAUGGCCUUCCAUAUCCAGCAGCGCCAAAGAUCUUGUGAAGAAGAUGCUAAGAGCUGAUCCCAAGGAACGACUUUCAGCAGUAGAAGUCCUAAAUCAUCCAUGGAUGCAAGAAGAUGGUGAUGCAUCUGAUAAGCCUCUUGAUAUUGCUGUGUUAACUAGAAUGAAACAAUUCAGAGCAAUGAACAAACUUAAAAAAGUAGCUCUAAAGGUAAUUGCUGAGAACCUUUCUGAGGAAGAAAUUAUGGGCUUGAAGGAAAUGUUCAAAUCCAUGGAUACGGAUAACAGUGGAACGGUCACUUAUGAAGAGUUGAAAGCUGGUCUUCCAAAAUUGGGUACCGAGAUUUCUGAGUCUGAAGUGAGGCAACUAUUGGAAGCGGCAGAUGUUGAUGGAAAUGGAACAAUUGAUUACACUGAGUUUAUAACAGCUACAAUGCACAUGAAUAGAAUGGAAAGAGAGGACCACUUAUACAAGGCCUUUGAAUAUUUUGACAAGGACAAGAGCGGGUACAUCACAAUUGAAGAGUUGGAGCAUGCCCUCAAGAAAUAUAAAAUGGGCGAUGCAAAAACGAUAAAAGAGAUCAUUGUAGAAGUGGACACUGACAAAGAUGGAAGAAUUAACUACGAAGAGUUUGUAGCCAUGAUGAGAAAAGGAAAUCCAGAUUUGAUCGCUAACAGAAGGCAAAAAUAAGCCUCUUUCUUGUGAUGGCUUGAAUCAAUGAAUCAGCUUGUGUGUGCAUUUGUUUGUGUUGUACUGUAAUUGAAAUCAAUUUAGAACCUCAGUGUAGCUCCUUGGAUUGCAGAGAAAUCAACCCUUGUGAGAUCCUUUCUAGUUUGCCAUUCAUGCCCUUUGCUUUGCACAGGCUUCAAUUUUAUCAUUUUCUGUUAGAAUUUUCAGCAAUUUUGGGGGAAAUUCUUCUACAUUAUGUUUGCAAC